AUGAAGCCUGAUGCAACAGCACCAGAAGCUCAAAGUCAGCCAUUGAAACAAACAGAAUCUAAAACCCGCCCACCAGUCAAAAGAGAAAAGUGGAAAGAAGAAGAGGUCUGCGCUGUUGAGAAGCACCUGAUGUCAUUCAUAACCACCUGUCGUGUUCCAGGGAAAAAAGACUGCGAUAAGUGUCUGCAAAACGAAAAGGAAGCACUCAAAACCAGAGAUUGCUCGGAGGUGUGA